UCCCCACCUCUCGAGAGCCCCUCCACUCCAGUAGCGCGGGCGGGGCCACAGUGUGGGCUCCUUCCUGUUGCGGAACUAGGCGUCAUGGCUGUAUCCGGGCUCGCCGGGUUUCUGGGUCGAGCUCCGGCCACAGCUUGGAGAGCGGCAAGAUCCCCCCUUCUGUGUCAUUCUUUGAGGAAAACAAGUGCUUCUCAAGGAGGAAAAUCUGAACCUACCAAACAAUCCCUUAAGAAGCCAAAGUUACCAGAAGGUCGUUUUGAUGCACCAGAAGACACCUCUUUAGAAAAAGAACCACUAACAAAGUUUCCAGAUGAUGUUAAUCCUGUUACCAAAGAAAAAGGUGGACCCAGGGGCCCAGAACCUACCCGAUACGGAGAUUGGGAACGAAAAGGACGCUGUAUUGAUUUUUAAGCCACAUAUUCUUUAACUUCAGUAUCUUUUUCUGAAUACACACAUCUGAACUUAUUUCUGACUAUUUUAUUUCUGUAUAUCCUUUAAUCUAAUUUUUGUAAUGUGUUUAAAAGUAUAUGAUGGAUUUGGGAGAAAAUACGCUGCUCUAAAUGAGGAAAGGGAAAAUACUUCUGCAUUUGCACAUUAAUUUUAAUGUAAAGGUAUUGGGGUUAUAAGUGAUGAUUACAACUGUAAACUUCUUUCAUCAUGUUUUAGUAUAAAUUAAUCAGUUGCUCAUAAAAUACAAAUGUAAAUAAAGCAACUUUUUAAAAAUGUA